ACAGCGAAGCUGGCGCCAUUGCAUUUAUUUACUGUGCUGUUAGUGCUACUUCAGGGAUCUGUGAGGGGGCCAUGGGCGAGCAGGGAAGCCACAACAUGAAUGCAGUGACCUAUGAUGAUGUGCAUGUCAAUUUCACCUGGGAAGAGUGGACUUUGCUGGAUCCUUCCCAGAAGAAUCUCUACAAAGAUGUGAUGUUGGAGACCUACAGGAACCUCACUACUAUAGGAUACAGCUGGGAAGACCAUAACUUUGAAGAACAGUGUAAAAGUUCUAGAAGACGUGAAAGGCAUGAAAGAAGUCAUACUGGAGAACAACCUUCUGAAUAUACUCAAUGUUUUAAAGCCGUUGCAUAUGACAAAGAUCUUCAAAGGCAUGAAAGAAUACAUACUGGAGAGAAACUCUGUGAAUAUAAUGCAUGUGAUAAAGUCUUUGUACAUCACAGUAGUCUCCAAAUCCAUAUAAGUACCUGUACUGGACAGAAACUCUAUGAAUGUGACGAGUGUGGCAAAGCCUUUGCUCAUUACUGUACUCUUCAAAUACAUAAAAGAAUACAUACUGGAGAGAAACCCUAUGAAUGUAAUCAGUGUGGUAAAGGCUUUACUUCUCACAGCAGUCUCAGAAUACAUAAAAGAACACAUACUGGAGAGAAACCUUAUGAAUGUAAUCAGUGUGGUAAAGGCUUUUCACAACUCAGUCAUCUUCAAAUGCAUAAAAGAACUCAUACUGGAGAGAAACCCUAUGAAUGUAAUCAUUGCGGUAAAAUCUUUGCACGUCCCAGUACUCUUCAAGUGCACAAAAGAAUACACACUGGAGAGAAACCCUAUGAAUGUAAUCAGUGUGGUAAAUCCUUUGCUUCUCACAGCAGUCUUGGAACACAUAAACGAACACAUACUGGAGAGAAACCCUAUGAAUGUAAUCAUUGUGGUAGAGCCUUUGCUCAUCACUGUACUCUUCAAAGGCAUAAAAAAACACAUACAGGAGAGAUACCCUAUGAAUGCAAUCAGUGUGGUAAAGCCUUUGCACGUCAGAGUGGUCUUCAAAUGCACAAAAGAACGCAUACUGGAGAGAAACCCUACGCAUGUAAUCAGUGUGGUAAAGCCUUUGCACGUCACAGUAAUCUCCAAAUGCACAGAAGGACACAUACUGGAGAGAAACCCUAUGCGUGUAAUCAGUGUGGUAGAGCCUUUGCAGAACAAAGAAGUCUCCAAAUACAUAAAAGAUCACAUACUGGAGAGAAACCUUGUGAAUGUAAUCAGUGUGGUAAAACCUUUGUAUGUCAAAGUAAUCUCCGAAUACAUAAAAGAAGACAUACUUGAGCAAAAUCUUAUGAAUGUAUUCAAUGUGGAAAUGCCUUUGCACAUUAAUGUCAUCUUCAAAGACAUAAAAGUACACAUACUUGAGAGAAUUCCUAUGAAUGUAAUCAAUGUGGUAAAGCCUUUGUCCAACGCUGUACUCUUCAAUGGCAUAAGACAACACAUACUGGAGAGAAAAACGUAUGAGUGUAAUCAGUGUUGGAAAGCCUUUACACAUCAAAGUGAUCUUCAAAUGCAUAAAAGAACACAU